AUGAAGUUUUUAAGGUUUUCUUUCGAGCUCUAUGAUUUAUUCGUAUUAUGCUCAGCAUUACUCGUUGCAGGCAUAAUUAACUAUUACUACAAGUAUUAUACGAGAAAAAAUCCUUUUCCUGCUCCUUUUCCACUUCCGUUCGUUGGUCAUAUCUUAGAUCAAUUUAUUGCCGGCAAGAAUUUUUACGAACAAUGUUAUAUUACACAUUCUAAAUAUGGGCCCAUCUUCGAGCAAUGGAAUGGAACUAAACGUAUUAUAUUUACUGCCAAACCAGAAUAUUUGGAUAGGCUUUUAUCGUCAUCAACCAAAAGUAAAUAUUUGGCUAGAGUUAUUGAACCCGAAGGCUUAAAGGAUUUAGGAAUGUACGGAACUGGUCUUCUAUUCAACCAUGAUCUUGCCAAUUGGAGGAUUAACAGGCAAUUCUUUAUUCAGGCAAUACAAACGAUUGAUUUCUUAAGGGAAGCCGUGGAUUGUACUCAAGCGGCAUUUAAUGAGAUGAAUGAAUAUAGAGAGUCGACAUUGGGAAAUGAUGCUAUAAUUGAUUUUUCAAAGUUGUCACGUACUAUUACCACGGACGUCAUAUUUCAGAUAAUCACUGGAAAGAAAGUGUGGGCCACAGCUUCGCAUUUUUCAACCAUUUCGUCCAGGUCAAAAUCAAUAAAAUUGCAAGAAUUAAAUGAAGAGAAUAUUAAAAAAACCCUUAAGAUAUCACGAGCAUUUGAAACUUUUCUCGGAGGUGUAAUUUUCUUUGCUGUGUUUCCCAAAUGGAUAAGAAAAUAUUUCCCCAAUCUUAGAGCGACACAAAAUAAUAUUUUACAGGCACGUGAUGACCUGUUUAAAGAUUUGAAAGAUAUUAUUCAGGAGAGAAGGAAAGAGAUUGAGAAUACGCCGAAAGAUGAGAAAUUAAAAUACAAUAU